AAGUAGCGCGAGAGGUGAGCGGGAGCAGGAAGUGCAGUGAAGAUGGAGGGUGUCGGAUUAUGUGCUAACAACAAACAGAAACAAAAUCAAAUGUUACCGAACAAAAUGCGAGGCGAGUUCACCAGAAACCAGAGGAAAGACUCUGAGGGUUUAUCAGAAACUCCUGAUUUGGAGUUUGAAUAUUCAGAUGCAGAUAAAUGGACAAUCGAACUGUCAGAGUUGUACAGUUACACAGAGGGACCAGAGUUUCUACUCAACAGAAAGUGCUUCGAAGAAGAUUUCCACACUCAUAUGCCCGAACAGAAAUGGACCGAACUGGAUUUGGUUCACCACAAAACUCAUGCCAUGCGUCUGCUGGACGGACUGGACGUGAUCGGCCGAGAACGCAGAUUAAAAGUUGCCAGAGCCAUCUUGUACAUGGCUCAAGGUACAUUUGGUGAGUGUUCUUCAGAACUGGAGGUGCAGCACUGGAUGAGGUAUAACGUCUUCUUGCUGUUGGAUGUGGGAGCGUUCACUGCGCUAAUGGAGCUGCUCAACAUGGAGAUCGAUAACAGUGCUGCGUGCAGCAGUGCGGUCAGGAAACCCGCCAUCUCACUGGCCGACAGCACUGACCUCAGGGUGUUGCUGAACAUCAUGUACCUGAUAGUGGAGACCAUCCAGCGUGAAGAACCCACAGACAGUCCAGAAUGGAGAACCAUUAGAGAAACCUUCAAAUCUGAGCUUGGUUCUCCUCUCUAUAACCAUGAGCCUGUCUCCGUCAUGCUGUUUGGGAUGGUGACCAAGUUCUGCAGUGGCCACGCGCCCCAUUUCCCCAUGAAGAAAGUCCUGCUGCUGCUCUGGAAGACCAUCCUGUUCACUCUGGGAGGGUUCGAGCAGCUGCAGGGCUGUAAGGUCAGUAGACGGGUGUCAUUGGAUCUCCCGCCGCUGCCGGAGGACAGUAUCCGUGUGGUGCGGAGCAUGAGAGCCGCGUCCCCGCCGGCGUCCGCCUCUGACCUCAUCGAGCAACAACAGAGACGUGCCCGGAGAGAACACAAGGCUCUUAUAAAGCAGGACAAUCUGGAUGCGUUUAACGAGAAGGACCCAUAUAAAGCCGAUGACACCCGCGAAGACGAAGAGGAAAACGACGACAACGAUAACUCUCUAGAGGCGGAGGCUUUCCCGCUGGAGCGCGACGAGGUCAUGCCGCCGCCCAUCCCGCACCCUCCCUCUGAGAGGGUCUGUUUUCCCAAGGGCCUGCCGUGGGCUCCGAAAGUCAGGGAAAAAGAUAUUGAGAACUUCCUGGACUCCAGCAGGAGUAAAUUCAUCGGUUACACACUGGGAAAUGACACGGAUACAGUGGUCGGAUUGCCCAGACCGAUACAUGAAAGCAUCAAAACUCUCAAACAGCACAAGUAUGUGUCAAUCGCUGAGGUCCAGAUCGCUAAAGAAGAGGAGUAUCAGAAGACCCCUCUCUCUGGCGGUGAGGAGGAGCUGGAGUUGUGUUCCACAGAGCUCUUGUACCAGGGUAUUUUACCCAGUUUACCACAGUAUAUGAUCGCUCUGCUCAAGAUACUGUUGGCUGCUGCUCCCACAUCCAAAGCCAAGACUGACUCCAUCAACAUCCUGGCGGACGUGCUGCCCGAGGAAAUGCCCACUACGGUUCUUCAGAGUAUGAAGUUGGGCGUAGAUGUGAAUCGCCAUAAAGAAAUCAUUGUCAAAGCCAUUUCAGCCAUACUGCUGCUGCUACUGAAACACUUCAAACUCAACCACGUCUAUCAGUUUGAAUACAUGGCGCAGCAUCUGGUGUUUGCCAACUGCAUCCCGCUGAUCCUGAAGUUCUUCAACCAGAACAUCAUGUCCUACAUCACCGCUAAAAACAGUAUCUCGGCUCUGGAUUUCCCGCACUGUGUCGUUCACGAGCUUCCAGAGCUCACCGCUGAGAGUCUGGAAGCUGGUGAUAAUAAUCAGUUCUGCUGGAGGAACUUGUUCUCCUGUAUUAAUCUGUUGCGCAUCCUCAAUAAACUCACCAAAUGGAAGCACUCCAGGACCAUGAUGUUGGUGGUGUUCAAAUCAGCUCCCAUCCUGAAGAGGGCGCUGAAGGUCAAGCAGGCCAUGAUGCAGCUCUAUGUGCUCAAGCUGCUCAAAGUCCAGACGAAGUAUCUGGGGCGGCAAUGGAGGAAAAGCAACAUGAAAACCAUGUCAGCGAUAUAUCAGAAAGUGCGCCAUCGCCUCAACGACGACUGGGCCUAUGGAAACGCAGACCUGGACGCUCGCCCGUGGGAUUUCCAAGCAGAAGAAUGCGCCUUACGUGCCAACAUUGAGCGGUUCAACAGCCGACGCUAUGACAAGAACCAGAGCAACCCAGAAUUCCUCCCGGUGGACAACUGCCUGCAAAGUGUGCUGGGACAGCGGAUCGACCUUCCAGAAGACUUCCAAAUGAACUAUGACCUCUGGCUAGAGCGUGAGGUCUUUUCCAAACCCAUUUCCUGGGAAGAGCUCCUGCAGUGAACCCCUGCAGUGUUUCAGCACCUCUUCCCUACAGCAAUUGUGAAAAUGACCAUUACCAGAGU